AGGAUGUUUUUGGGGCUGUAUGUUCCAGUUCUGUGGUGGUCUUUCCUUCUUUUGGUGGAUUGUCAGGAAGUCACUACCUUCACCGUGCAGUACCAGGUGCCGGAGGAAGCGCAGUCUGGGACGGUGUUGGGCAGGUUGUCUGAGGAACUGGGCUGGGCGGAGGGCGGCCGGACCGCAGGAUCCUUCCAGUUGCUGCAGCCCUCCGCUCUGCUUCCCAUCCAGAUGGACUCUCAGGAAGGUUUGCUACGCACCGCGGGGAGGCUGGACAGGGAGCAGCUGUGCCCCCACAGAGACCUCUGCCUCAUCUCCUUCAGCGUCCUCGCUGCCAAAUACCUAGCCCUGAUCCACGUGGAGAUUCACGUCUUGGAUAUCAACGACAACGGGCCUCAGUUUCCUCAACCGGCGCUGGAGCUGGAGAUAUCGGAAAGUGUACUGUUACAGACGCGAAUCCCUUUGGAUCGAGCCGUCGACCCGGAUGCCGGCUCGAACGGCCUCUGUUCCUACCUCUUGUCACCCAGCGAGCACUUUGCCUUGGAGGUCACGUUUGGUUCUGAUGGAACUCAGCAGGUGGAGCUCGUGGUUGUUAAAGAAGUGGACCGAGAGCUCUACUCCUCUUUCCUUUUGACCGUGACUGCCGUUGAUCACGGCGAGCCCCCCCGAUCCGGGAGUACCUUUGUGAGGGUGACCGUGUUGGACUCCAACGACAACAGCCCGACGUUCACCCAGAGUUCUGUGACUGUCGAAAUUCGGGAAGAUGCUUCGAUGGGGACCUUUUUGGUCAACCUCACCGCCACAGAUCCAGACCAAGGCCCCAAUGGAGAGAUCGAAUAUUCCCUCAGUAAGCACACUCCUGCGGAGGUGCUUAGAACGUUUGCUAUCGAGAGCCGGACAGGCCGUGUUCUCUUGCAGCAGCCGCUGGACUAUGAGAAAAAAACUAGCUAUGAGGUGGAUGUACAAGCCCGAGACCACGGAGCAAAUCCCAUCCCAGCCCACUGCAAGCUUUCGGUCCGCGUUGUGGAUGUCAACGACAACAGGCCGGAUGUUCAUGUAAUCUGGGCAGGACAGGCAGCAACGGUGUCAGAGGCUCAGCCCAAGAACAGUUUUGUGGGUCUGGUGAUACUCUCUGACCCCGAUGCUGGCAAUAACGGGAAGGUGGAUUGCUAUAUUAGCCAAGGGGCUGCGCAUUUCUCCUUGAGAAGGAUCAACCCCAGCAGCUACAUGCUGCUCACCAUUGCCCCCCUGGACAGGGAGAGCCGGGCAGAGCAUAACCUGACCUUGUUCGUCCAGGACCGGGGGGCCCCUUCGCUGGCUGCCACCAGAGAUUUCACUGUCCACGUUGGCGAUAUCAAUGACAACGUGCCCUUCUUUGAAGCAAAUCUGUACCAUGUUUCUGUGGCUGAGAAUAGCACCCCCCCUUCCGCUUUGCUGGCAGUCAGGGCUCAUGAUGCAGAUGCAGGCCUCAAUGGGAAAGUCACUUACACUAUCCCCGAUGGGGUGGUUUCGGAGUGGCUCGCUAUUGAUGCUGGCACCGGGGAAAUCUGGACCCGUACAGCUUUUGAUGCCGAAAAGAUGGCCGGCUUUGAGUUUAUUGUCACGGCUCAAGACGCAGGCCAGCCGAAGCUGUCGUCUAAUGUUUCUGUCAGGGUCACGGUGCUCGAUGUGAACGAUAACGUCCCGGUUAUCGUAGAACCCCCGGUGGAGGGCGGGCGGGCAAGUGUCCCUGUCCUUGUGGACGUGGGCACUGGUCACGUUCUGGGGCCCGAAGGAGAAAAGGGUUCUGACUUAGUCCCUUCUCCCCUGCUCUUCACCAUCUCUGCCACAGAUGCAGACUCUGGCUUAAACGGCGCACUUAUUUACAACCUGAUGAGCGGCAACGACGCUGGCCUGUGUGUCCUUGAUCCCCGCUCAGGGCAGGUGUAUCUGAACAGCAGCGAUGCCAGCUUCCUAGUGGGCCGCGAAUGGGACCUGGAAGUGUCUGUGAGUGACCGAGCGGAGAAGCCACACUGCACCAGAGUCCAGGUGACGGUGACGUUCGCCAGUCACCGUGAGGACAUGCCAGAUUCUUCCCCCGUCUCUCAGCCCCUCAGCCCCUCUGCCGUAAUCGGGAUUUGCCUUGUGGCGCUGCUUGCCAUCUUCCUGGUCAGCUUGAAGCUGGCGGUGUCUCUGUGCAAAAGGGAGAAACACGGCAACAUGACGUACAACUGCCGGGAGGCAGAGCACGCCUACAGCCAGCAGCAGCCGAAGAAGCCCCCCAAACCCAUCCGGAAAUCAGACAUCCACGUCGUGCCCGUGCUUCAGCGAGGGGACGCUGAGCAACCACCGCCCGGGUUCGAGGUUCCCCCAGAAGCUGUUCGGGUCGGCGUCUCCGAGAUUCCCUGCCACAUGACCCCAACUCUGUUCAGGACCCUCCGGAACCAGAGAAACCAGAGCAGCCUCGCCGAGCAGGACGAGGGGUUUGUUCUCCCUGCGGUGCUCAAAGUUUCCAAACCUCCCCAUGCACAAAAGUGCAAAGCGCCCAGCGCGACAGACGUGCAGCUCGCCGGCGCACACCUGUGCGCCUCCUGCCCCAAGGACCCCUUGCCGGAAGCAGAUCCGCAGCACCAGGGCAGGUCCAGCCCUGAGGCCGACCUAGAGGAGGCCAGGAGCCGCCGGCACAUCCUCAGGAGCUUGGUGAGGCUUUCCAUGGCAGCUCUCGCCGAACAAGGCCCCGCAGGACAGCUGACGCUGGAAUCCGGCCCUGUGCAGCAAAUCUCGCAGCUGCUGUCUCUCCUGCACCAGGGCCAAGUGCAACCCAAGCCCAAUCACAAAGGCAACAAAUACACAGCCAAGCAGGCUGGCUGCAGGAACACCAGCCCACAUGCUGAGGACCUCGUCACCAAAAGGGGUUGCAGCAGCAAGCAUCCCGACUUUGCGCUGUUGGGAGAGGAACUAGAGGACCUCUUGGAUUCUCCAUCAGGGCUGGACCAGCUGACGGAAGCAGAUCCCACCUGGAUGGCCAGGUUGUCCCUUCCCCUCUCAGCCGACUACAAGGCUAACAUUGUCUCCCCGGGCUCUCUGCCGUUUCCGCCCAGCCAGGAAGCCGUGGGCAGAGGCGAACUCCACACUUUUGCGACCUUUGGCAAAGCUGCUGGGGGUGAGCCAGCCGAGCCCCAGCCGGCUAACUCCUUCCUCUCCGAGAUGAGCCACCUGCUUGAGAGGAUUCUGUCUCAGAAGGCCAACUCCCAGGAGGAUGUGUCCUUGGGGCUCUGGCAGCAACUCUCUGUGUGCGGCAGGACCUUGGAGCAGGAAGGGGGUGGGGUGGAGACGGCAACCAGCAAGGAGAUGGGUAGCGGUCUACAGGUAUGA